CACCGAUACUGUUGACGUAUGUCUACUUCACAAAGUUGAUAGUUCACUUUCCAUUUUUCUAUAGUUUCCAACUUGCCAUUAUUGAGAAUUUUGCCAUUUAUUUAGAAAUAAAACUAAUAGUCAAAAUGGAAGGUAAUUCAAGAAGAUUAAUGGGUUUAGAAAAGAAGAAAGCAAUAGAGGAAGAAUGGAAAACCAUUUACAGCUCCAAACGCCAACUCUCUAGUUCUGACUUCCCUUCCAACUUCCUAUUUGGUAUUGCCACUUCUGCUUAUCAGGUUGAAGGUGGAAGCAAAGAGGGAGGAAAGGGUCCUAGCAUAUGGGAUUCUUUUUCACAUACUCCAGGCAAAAUAUGUGAUGGAAGCACUGGGGAUGUGGCUGUAGAUCAGUACCAUCGUUACAAGGAAGAUAUUGAGCUCAUAUCCAAGUUGGGAUUUAAGGCUUACCGUUUUUCAAUAUCGUGGAGUCGCAUUUUUCCUGACGGUUUCGGGACCAAAAUCAACUAUGAAGGCUUAAAGUAUUACAAUGAUAUUAUUGAUGCCCUACUUGAGAGGGGCAUUGAGCCUUGUGUAACAUUGUACCAUUGGGAUCUCCCUUUGAAUCUUCAGGAAUCUUUUGGAGGCUGGUUAGAUGAACAAACUGUAAAAUAUUUUGCCAUCUAUGCAGAGACUUGCUUUGCUAGCUUUGGCAAUAGAGUGAAGAAGUGGAUUACAGUUAAUGAACCUCUUCAGACAGCUGUGAAUGGACAUUGUACUCGUAUACAUGCCCCUGGAAGAAGUGAAAGUUCUUCCACUGAACCGUUCUUGGUAUCACACAAUCAGCUGCUGGCACAUGCAGAAGCUGUUUCCAUCUAUAGGAAUAAAUUUAAGGACGAUCAAGGAGGGGAAAUAGGCCUGGUGGUGGAUUGUGAAUGGCCUGAGCCUUUAUCGGAAAAUUUAGAAGACAAAACUGCCGCUACAAGGCGCCUUGAUUUUCAGCUUGGAUGGUACCUGGAUCCAAUAUUUUUUGGUGAUUAUCCUGAAAGUAUGCGUGAAAGACUUGGAGAUAGGCUUCCAAAAUUUUCACAGCAAGACAGGGAGUUGCUGAAACAUUCGUUGGACUUCAUUGGUUUGAACCACUACACUUCAAAAUUUGUUGGUCAUGCAGCCAAUAGUCUUGAAGAAAAUGACUUCUAUAAAAUACAGGAUGUAGAGAUAAUUGCUGAAUGGGAAGGAGGAGAGGUGAUCGGUGAGAAAGCGGCAUCGUCAUGGCUUUACAUAGUUCCUUGGGGAAUUCGGAAAGUUCUUAAUUAUAUCGCAGAGAGAUAUGGCAAUCCACCAGUCUAUAUCACUGAGAAUGGCAUGGAUGAUGAAGAUGAAGACACAUCUCCUCUCCAUGAGAUGUUGGAUGACAAAUCACGAGUUUCUUACUUCAAGGCGUACCUUGCUGCUAUUCAUCAGGCAAUCUU